UUCCGCUGAUGACUCAGAAUGGAUGUGUUUAUACUUCUUCUUCUGCUGUUUUAUGGACAGUUACGCACAGCUUCUACUGAUCCUCCUGCACCCUCUUUAGAUUUGUCUUCCACUCAGACUCGGACUGUUCGACUGGGAGAAAACGUCACUAUGAGCUGCAACAUCACUGAAAAGCACGAGGUGUCCUGGUAUCGCCUGAACUCUCGGUUAGAGGAGCUAACGCUGCUGAUCCAUGGCGAGAAAACCAGAACCAGGAAAAGCCUUCCGUUCUCCUACAAUACAGACGAAAAGCGCUUCAUCCUGACGGCGAACAGCGAGAUUACUGAGGCCAGACUUACAGUCCGAGAGGUUCAGCCGGAUGAUCUGGGCUUUUAUUUCUGUGGGACUAAAGCCGAUUUCUAUCAGAUGUAUUUCGCCAGGCCAAUCAGACUGCAGCUGAAAGACCAGAAGUCCAAACAAGACCAGACGUCUCCAGAGAAUGGGGUAAAAGACGGUGUCAGUGCGGUGGAGAGAGUGAUGAUGUUGGUGGGGGUGGGUGCCGUGGCGCUGGUGUUUCUCCUGGCCUCGAUCGCUGCUGGUUGGGUGAUCCACCGGAGAUCCUGGCGCUCCGGCUGGGCAGCAGGACGAGACUCAGCUCAGCGUCGCUCUCUGAAGAAAUGAAGAUCUGAGGAUCUCACAAGGAUCCAGAACAUCUACCUGAUACGGGAAUAUAUGCAUAUAUACGCUUUAUAUGUUAUUAAUAGUGUUAUACGCUUAUAAUUCAGUUUAGUCAAGUUAUUAAUAGUGUUAUACGCUUAUAAUUCAGUUUAGUCAAGUUAUUAAUAGUGCUAUACGCUUAUAAUUCAGUUUAGUCAUUCUGUAAACAUAUAAACUCAAAAAUAAUAUUGUUUCUAAAACCUACUAAAGCAAAGUAUAAAAACUGUUGUAAAGUAAGUGGAGAUUAUAGUUAAAAAGACAAUAAUAAAACAGUUAAACAAUAAAAUACACACUGAAAUAUAUAAAAAACCCUCACAUUUAAUGGGUCUACUGUGGUCAUAAAGGUCAUACAGAUGUUGUGUAGAUGUUCUGAUGUUACAUGUUUUUUUUUAAAUAGCUCAUCAAUGCCUAAAGUUAUUUUAUAGUUUUAAAUCUACAAAAUUAAGACCUUUAAGAGUUAACUUAAACAUUUAGAAAUGUAGAAACUGUGCAUGGAAAUUAAUGGAAAAUGCUGCAACUAAUGAUUGGUCGAUUAGUCACCAUUAUUUUUGCAAUUUCAUUCUCCUUUGUCUUGAUUUCUGCUGGUGAAGCUCCUGAUCUAAUGCAUGAUUUACUCCACUUUAAAAACUCAACUUUUAGGGUUCUAGACCAAUUCUGCAGGACGUUUUGAUAGAUGUUUACACACCAUAGAAUUAGUUGUUUUCAGGAGAUUAUUUGAUACUAUAAAUGGCUUUAACUGAGAUUUAAAUAUUAAUAAAAAAAUUUAUAUUUUCUGAAUUAUAUUGUAUAACUAUUAUUAUUCGCUACUGUUGUUUUUAUAAUAGGACAGGAAAGAGACAAGCUUGGAUACAUUAAUGAUGAUUUAUUAAAAAGGACGAAUCCAAUAUACAUUACAUACCAGAGUUCAAAGCACAGCAGAUCAACAUCAAA